AUGACUGAAAACUUUUACUGUGCAAAGAAGUUGGUCCAAGCAUUGGGCCUACCUGUUGAGAAGAUUCAUUGUUGUACUAAUGGAUGUAUGUUAUAUUGGGAUGAAGAUAGUGAGUUAACAAAUUGCAAAUUUUGUGACCAUCCACGGUUCAAACAACAUAGUCGAGGCUCUUCUAAUUUUCAAACCAAUGUCCCACAUAAGAAAAUGUACUACUUUCCUCUCACACAGAGAUUGCAAAGAUUAUAUGCUUCGAAUGCAACAGCAAAAGAAAUGAGAUGGCAUGCUGAGCAUGACCAUAAAGAUGGGGUAAUGCGUCAUUGUUCAGAUGCAACUACAUGGAAGCAUUUUAAUAAAACACAUCCUUCAUUUGCUGCUGAGGUUUGGAAUGUAAGGCUAGGCCUGUGCACCGAUGGGUUUCAACCAUUUGGUCAGUCUGGACAACAAUAUUCAUCUUGGCCAGUCAUUGUCACUCCUUACAAUUUUCCUCCUUGGUUAUGUAUGAAGGAAGAGUAUAUGUUCCUAACGAUAAUAGUUCCUGGUCCAAGAAACCCAAAAGACAAAUUGGAUGUGCACUUACGGCCCCUUAUUGCAAAGUUGAAACAGCUGUGGGAAGUUGGAGUUGAGACAUAUGAUGCAUCAAAGAAGAAUAAUUUUAAUAUGAGGGUUGCGUUAUUAUGGACAAUAAGUGAUUUCCCUGCAUAUUCAAUGUUAUCCGGUUGGAGCACAAAAAGCAAGACUGCUUGUCCAUAUUGUAGGGGCGAUUCAGAUGCAUUCACAUUGACAAAGGGUGGUAAACAAUCAUGGUUUGAUAAUCACCAUAUGGGUGCAGAUGAGAAUAACAAUUGCAAAGCAAAAAACACGGGUUGGAAGAGAUGGAGCAUUUUUUGGGAUUUUCCAUAUUGGAGUACUAACAUGCUUUGCCACAACCUGGAUGUCAUGCAUACGGAGAAAAAUGUAUUUGAAAAUAUUUUUAAUACUAUGAUGAAUGUUGAAGGGAAGACAAAGGACAAUGCAAAAUCAAUGGAAGAUUUGAAAGAGUUUUGUCACCGACCUGUGUUAGAGAGGGAUAUGGCAACAGGAAAGUAUCCUAAAGCAUGUUACACGUUAGACAAACAAUCAAAAGUAGUGUUGUGUGAAUGGCUUAAAAAUCUUAGAUUCCCAGAUGGUUAUGUGUCAAACAUGGGCAGGUGUAUAGACAUGCAAAAACUAAAGUUGUUUGGGAUGAAAAGCCAUGAUUGUCAUGUCUUUAUGCAAAGAUUACUCCUAAUAGCAUUUAGGGAAUUGCUUCCAAAAUAUGUGUGGCAAGCAUUGACCAAAUUGAGCAAUUUCUUUAGAGAGUUAACUUCAACAACACUUAGAGUAGAAGCCAUGUUACAGCUCAAUGAAGAGAUUCCUAUAAUAUUAUGUAAACUAGAGCGUAUAUUCACUCCAAGUUUCUUUGACUCCAUGGAACAUCUCCCAGUGCAUUUGGCUUUUGAAGCAUAG